CUCCCCAUGAUCUUAGCGGCUCUUUGUCACACACUAAUUCCUCGGAUCUAUUUCUGUAAUAACUGCCGUAAGAAGAGCAUCUAUGCGAGCGUGUGUGUGCGCGAGCCGCGUGUACGUACACGCAACGUGCCCAAGAGCGUAUAUCUGUAAGUCCGCAACCACGUGCUACUCGAAGUAGUCUGAGAUGGUUGGAGGCCGCCGGAGGUAGCGUGAGACGAAAAACUGAUAGGCACUUUCGCGGCCAAUGUCGAGGCAUGGACUCCGCCAAGAAAUACGAAAAUCCGAACCCACGGGCGUCUGCGAAUCAGAUCAGUAAAUUGUUCUUCUGGUGGAUGGCGAGAAUAUUCUGGCAUGGGAAGGACUUGGAAAUGAAAGAUGUGUACAAUGUUAUGCCAUCUGACGACAGUGAACUUUUGGGAGACAUACUGGAAGAGAAUUGGAAAAAUGAAGUGCACGCGGCCAAGAAGGACGGUAGGAGACCCAAGUUUUUCACAGCUUUGAGGAAGACGUUUAUAUGGUCAUGUGGUUACUACGGUGGAUGGGUUUUAUUGUUUACAUCUGUUUUGAAAGUUGCGCAAGUAUACAUUUUUGGCUUAUUUGUUUUGACCUUCCAUCCGAGAGCAACGUUUGUCCAAGAGACGGCAUAUCUUCAUGCAUCUGGUAUGAUCUUGGUAACAAUAUUGAUGACGAUAAUCUAUCAUCAUUCGAAUCUAGGCUUAAUGGAAAUUGGAAUGCGAGUGAGAAUAGCAAGCUCCUCCUUAAUGUACAGGAAGAUAUUACGCUUAUCCAGUUCUACCACCACCACUCCAGGACAAAUAGUUAAUCUGUUGUCAAACGACAUGUCAAAAUUCGAACAAGUGUUUGUAUAUUUACACUACUUCUGGGUCAUGCCUAUACAAGGAGUCGUCAUUGCGCUUCUGAUAUGGCAAAACGUCGGCGUCGCAUCGCUGGCCGGUGUACUUCUCAUGAUAAUUCAAACUAUUCCUCUACAAGGAUACGUAAGUAGAUGGACCUCGAAGUUGCGUUCGAAAAUCGCAGUGAGAACCGACGAGAGAGUUCGCUUGAUGUCCGAAAUAAUCAGGGGCAUACAAGUUAUUAAGAUGUACACCUGGGAGAAACCAUUUGAGGAACUGGUUAAUCUCGCAAGAAAAUACGAGAUCGAUGUUCUCACGCUGAUAUCGUAUUUGAGAGGUUUUACCUUUGCCACACAUGUGUUCACGGAAAGAACGACGUUGUAUUUUACAAUUAUGGCCUACGUACUUUACGGGUAUUCUGUGUCCGCCGAAGUAGUUUUUUCUAUGGCACAGUAUUUUAAUGCUCUUCAACUUACUAUGGCGAUACUUUAUCCCAUGGCCGUAGCAAGUGCCGCCGAGGCAUCAGUUUCCGUAAAGAGAAUUGAGGACUUUCUGUUAUUGAACGAGAAUGUUCCACUGCCAGAGUCUUCAUUAAUAACCGCCAAAGAGACGAGCAUUUCAAUGAAAAACGUUAGUGCUUCAUGGACAACCGCUGCAAUUGUAAAUACGUUACAUAAUAUCAACAUUCAAUUUCAAGAGAAGAAAUUUUACGCCAUCGUUGGUCCUGUGGGCGCAGGAAAGAGUUCUUUACUACAAGCGAUUUUAGGCGAACUAAAAUCGUCACAAGGCCAAAUACACAUACAUGGCAAGAUAUCGUAUGCUAGUCAGGAUCCAUGGCUGUUCGCGGGCACAGUGCAGGACAAUAUUCUGUUUGGCCAGUCUUACGAUAAAGAUAGAUAUCAGAAUAUUGUAAACGUUUGCGCGCUUACGAAAGAUUUCGAACAACUUCCAUAUGGCGAUAAGACCUUAGUCGGCGAUAGAGGUGCAGCACUCAGUGGUGGACAGCGCGCAAGAAUUAGUUUGGCGAGAGCUGUCUACAGAGAUGCCGAUAUUUAUCUUUUCGAUGACCCUUUAUCAGCUGUCGACACUCAUGUUGGCCGGCAAUUAUUCGACAAGUGCAUGAAUAAUUACUUGCAAAACAAAACAAGAAUUCUUGUGACUCACCAGUUGCAGUACUUAAAACAAUGCGACUACGUCGUUAUUCUAAAUAACGGUCAAAUUGAAGAUAACGACACAUUUGCGGCCCUUCAAGAAAAACGUGUGACCUUUUUGGAAAUAUUAAAAAGAAACGAAGAAGCUAACGAAAAGACGAAAGAACCAUUAAAAAUUGAUGCAAGUCCUACAUCUGACAUAAAAAUUACAAACGGCACCGCCAACGAUGAAGACACAGAGAAAGCCGAGCCCAAAGAAACCGAAGAGCUUCUGGCCAAGGGAAAUAUAUCGAAAUCGCUUUACUGGAAAUAUUUUCGCAGCGGUAGUUCGCUCAUCGUGAUUGCUAGCUUUCUGUUCUGCAUGAUUCUGGGACAAAUCGGAAGCAACGGUUGCGAAUAUUGGGUCGGUUACUGGACGACACAGGAAGAGAUGCGUAUCAAAGCUAUGCGCGAACGGCAGUAUAGCACAGCAAACAACUUUACAAUGCCCUCCUCCACGCCGAAAUCUAUUGGACAAAUGGAAAAUACGUCAGAUAUUAAUAACGAGUCCGCUGAAUUUUUAACGACCAACUAUUAUGGAGAUGUAGCUAAUAAUAAUACAUGGUCACAAAAUUUUACUUUCAAUAACAAUACGGACGUGUACUAUCUCGACACGGACACGGCUUUAUGGAUUUAUGGGGGCUUCAUCAUUGUCAGCGUUGUGAUGUUAACGAUGCGAAAUAUAAUGUUCUUUAAGAUAUGUAUGAACGCCGGCAAGAAUUUGCAUAACUUCAUGUUCUCGUGCGUACUUAAAGCGCCAAUAUCAUUCUUUGAUAACAACUCAUCCGGCCGAAUUUUAAAUCGAUUUUCGAAGGAUGUUGGCGCAGUGGAUGAAGUGUUGCCCCUCACUAUGGCAAUGGCCAUUCAAAUCUUUGCGGUGAUGAUUGGAAUUCUAGUACAAGUGCUUAUUAUCAACUGGUGGCUCAUCUUCGCUGUAAUCAUUAUGAUUCUUUUAUUCGAAAUGAUAAGAAGGAUUUACCUUCCAGUGGCGCAAACCACGAAACGAUUAGAAGGAAUCGCGAAGAGCCCCGUCUUCUCGCACGUAAACUCCACACUGUCGGGCUUGACGACGAUACGUUCUACCAGUGCCCAGGAGAUGGUUCGCAAGCAAUUCGAUGAACAUCAAGAUUUACACACUAGCGCUUACUCGCUGAUUCUCACAGCUAGUACAGCGUUCGGUUUUGCGCUGGACGUGGUGUCCAUCGGAUUCAUUGCCGUCGUUACAUACAGUUUUGUCGCACUAAACAAUGGAAACAUUUUCGCCGGAAAUGUGGGUCUCGCGAUCUCGCAAGCGCUCAUUUUGUGCAAUAUGGUGCAGCACGGGCUGCGUCAAGCCGCCGAGACGAUCACGCAGAUGACGAGCGUAGAGAGAAUAAUGCAAUUCACCGAGCUCGAGAAAGAAGGCCCGUUCGAGAGCAAUCCCACGGACAAACCGUCGAGCAACUGGCCCUCUAAAGGGGAAAUCCAGUUCGACCGUGUUUAUCUUCGAUACUCCGAGUCUGAGCCACCCGUUCUCAAGUCCCUAAGUUUCAUCAUUGAGCCUGGCGCGAAAAUCGGAAUCGUGGGUCGUACCGGAGCCGGCAAGUCGUCCCUGAUCUCCGCCUUGUUUCACAUGGCGAAAUUCGACGGCACUAUCCGCAUCGACAACGUUGACACGAACAAGAUCGGUCUUCACGACCUACGGAACAAAAUUUCCAUAAUACCGCAGGAACCGGUGUUGUUCUCCGCUACGCUUCGAGAUAAUCUCGAUCCCUUCUACAAGUUCGCGGAUGCCGAUCUGUGGAGCGUCUUGGAGGAGGUCAAUUUGAAACACAUGGUGGACUCGUUGGACCAUCGCGUUGAGCGCGGCGGCGGAAACUUCAGCGUCGGGCAGCGACAGCUGGUUUGUCUCGCGCGCGCGAUUUUGAGAAACAAUAGAAUACUCGUUCUCGACGAAGCCACUGCCAAUGUGGAUCUUACGACAGACGCGCUCAUACAAGCCACGAUCCGGAAGAAGUUCGAGACCUGUACGGUGUUGACGAUAGCGCACAGGUUGAACACGAUAAUGGAUAGCGACAAAGUACUGGUAAUGGACGAAGGUCGAGUGUUGGAAUUCGAUCAUCCGCACAUCUUGUUGCAAAACGACCAAGGCCACUUCGACAGCAUGGUGCGAGAAACCGGGAAAGCGAUGGCCGAACAACUUAAACAAUCCGCCAAAGAGGCUUAUGAGCAACAGCACGGAUUGACAUGAAAAUAUACUCUACCAACGUCUGUGUUAACAAAAGAACAAAUUUACUUAAUUUUAGUUCAACGUCUCAAUUUUCUAUUUUAGCUUUAAUAUUUCCACAAAGGUCAUACGUUUUUCUUGAAGGGUCGCAAAUAUGCCAUUAUCUUAUCUUUCAUUAUCUUACAGGCUUAUGAGCAACAGCACGGAUUGACAUGAAAAUAUACCCUACCAACGUCUGUGUUAACAAAAGAACAAAUUUACUUAAUUUUAGUUCAACGUCUUAAUUUUCUAUUUUAGCUUUAAUAUUUCCACAAAGGUCAUACGUUUUUCUUGAAGGGUCGCAAAUAUGCCAUUAUCUUCAAUUUGACUCUUUUCGAACAAAAAAUUGUAAUUAAAUUUAUGUACUUAUAAAAUAAUGUAUAACAUAUUUGUAAUACUUUUAGUGAGAACUCACAAGGCGAGUCAGUACUGAAAGUCAUUUUAAAUAAUUUGUACUUAUUUUUCAGCAACGUUUGUUGUUUUUUUAGCAACAUGUAGUUUGAAGGCACAUUUAUCUGUGUUUACUUGUUGCAAUCGAGCUUUUUUAUUGCAAUACUAUACAAUGUUAAACUUUUGUACGGGAAACAAGAAAGAUAAUGAUACAUUACUCUCCAACACUCGAACGAUAUCAAUUUUGAUAUUAGACUAUAAUAAUGAAGCUGAAAGCAAGCUUUUAAUUAAUGCUGAUUUGAGAUUUUGUACGAGAUAUAUGAAUAAAAUUAUACACUGUUACG